AUGGAGGCGCAACAUGCUAUGGAUUUGUCCAGCCUGAGGAACUGCACCCCGCCAGCGAGCCUGGAGUCGCCCGAAGAGCGCCGUGACUCUAUGGAAGACGCUGACUGCUCUCCCUCGCGAUUCAAACGCCCCCGCCUGGAUAGCGGCAGUCGUGCUGUCCGCAAAAUGUCCCAAGACCUGGACCAAGCCGCCGCCGAUAGCCUGGCGGACCCUGGUGCUAACGCGCCCGCAACUCCCAUGGAACAGCACGAGCAAACCGAGGACACCGUUUCCCGUACCCCGAACACGCCCAGCCGCAUCACUCUCAACCUGCGCCUGCCUCAAAAUCCCUCGCACACUCGCGCCGCCGCCGACCUCUCCGCCGACCCCGCCGCACACCCGGACGAGGCUUCCGACCAAAUGGCCGCAGACUCAGACUCCGAUUCCAGCACAACCCUCCGCUCCUCGCCCUGCGCCUCCUCGCACAAAAGCAAAAUCCACACCCCAUCCCCAGACUCCGAGCGCACCGACUCCGCGCUGUCACCCACCGCCGCGUCCAGCCCCGUGGUCGAGGUCGCCGUGGACGACGCCGACGAUAUGGAUAACUCCUCAGACAAUCUGGUAGAAGUGAACGAGGAGGAUGAGGAUGAGGUAGUCUUCAUCGGCAACAUUUUCGAUGACUUCCCGUUCGCAAAGAACUACGGUCGGGAAACCGCGCUGGGAGGAAUGUUGAACCUGAUCGCGAAGCCACGACACGGCACUGAUGGCGAGCUGACCCAGCUCAAGGGUUGGCUCCAUUCGCUUGCGGAGCUCGUUCACGAAGGCAAGCUUGACGCAUACACUACGUAUCUGCAGGAGCCCGUAUUCUGGGACGAGAUUGCCAAGAUGUUCCACCGCAUCGUUCAACGUCAGAUUCCGUAUGGAGAAGCUUUCCACCUUGACCCUGGUCACGGCGAAGUUGACGCCCUGCGGGACCUGUGGGGCGCCUAUGCCGAGUGUGUUGCUCAGAUGCUCAAGGUCGAGAUCAACGCCCUGGAGACCGGCACUUACUCAAUCAACAACUCGCGAAUGGUUUCCUUGAACCACAUGAAGAUCAUGAGAGAGAUUCUACGAUUCCGCGAGGACCUACCAUUUUGGGUACUAAUGCAUGACCUGGUUGGCCAGGAUCCUGUCGCAAUGAAGAAGAUAUGCUCCACCAUCAUGUCUAACUUCGUCACCGAGCUGAAUGGAACAUCGUGUCUGGUCAGUCUGGUAAGAAUGGGUAUUGCCGAGCAGAAUCUACGCUUGGCUGCGGAAGAAGUAUUGACUCUGCUCACUUGGUUGGCCGCUUUUGCGGUAAAUUGGAGGUCUGGAGUCAGUCGAAACGAUCGCCGUUGGAUGGCACAAAUGCUCUUCUCACUUUUCAAGGAGGUUGAUCAGGCUAUCCAGACGUCUUUAAAGGCACCCAUCGACCUUUGUAUCGAGCUCGUCAGCACGGCUGUAACAACCCUGCAAAGCGCCGCCCACCUGGAUGCUGACAUCGCCCGCCAACUGGCUGCAUAUAUCUACAAGGAUUCCAGAGACGCUCACCAAUCCUUGCUGAUACCGGAGGUGCUCCAAAUGUCAUGGUCACUCAAGACACUGGAGCAGUACGUACUGAAGGGACAUAUGGCACACCGCAUUUACGCUAUCGAGAACUUGAACCAGCAGUUCAUUUCGGUCUGGACUACCUGGAGCCAGAAGUCUCCCGACAAGGACAUUCUCCAUCACUUCGCGCAAAUCUUGCUGGAGGACAAGAUUAUCGACUACAUCAUAGGCGUCGACUCGCAUCCUCAGCUUGUCUCCCGGAGCGGUAACAUCGUGGGCUUCCUGGCUGUGACUGGGCGUUAUGGAGAAGCACAGACCGAUGCUAUUUGGGAUGCCAUUACCCAGAGCCAAGACCCACGCAUGGCGGAAGCUCUCAUCGAGAUGACCAUGCAUACAGUGCUUCUGAUGUCUAACCGGGACCUUCUCUACCUCUGCACAAAGUUCAACACUCUUCCGCCAUCUAGUUUCUCGGUAUGUUUUGUGGAACUGUUCAAACGUAUCUGCGAUGGCAUCCAGAAGAAAGCUCGGGCCGACCUGAUUGAAUGGACCGAAGAGCCAAGGAGAAUGGCUGUUUUCUCGCUGUGUGUCUACCUGGCGCAAGAGACCUACCCCUUUCCCAUAGAGUCUUCGGCUCCAUUCCUGCAGCUGAUGCACCGUACCGCGAUCCACCAGCUUGCACUCUUCUCUCGCGGAGAAUUCGCCACUGCAGAUGACAAAGCCGAGAUAUAUCGGACCUGUGCCUCAGGCAUUGCAGGAAAGACACCUCAGGCCGCUGCUAAUGCUGAAAUCAUAUUCACCAUGCUUUCGGCAAUGCCUACUGAUUCAGACGUCCUUUUGAGAACCAGCGUGGUUGAAGAUGUCUCAGAAGAGCUUUGCUCGUUCGUAGCAGCAGAGAAGAACACGGUGCGGAAAGGCCUUGAGAUACCACUCACGUCGCGGCUUCAGCUUCUAUUCUAUCUGAUGAACAUUUCGCCCACAUCCUUGGCUGCGGGAACGGAGAAAAAAGUCUGGGAUCAUCUGGUUGGCCCCAGUGCAAUAGGUGCGGACCUUCAGGACGUCGCUUGGCACCAUCUCUCUUCUUUGGCGAGAUUGCAGGUAUCGAAAAAUGAGUUCCUUGACAUCUGCGCGGCUGAGCUCCUUCCGACUCUGAAGCCGGACUUCUAUACCACUGGAUCGUUCGACUUUCUGCGCGAGCUGGCGGACUAUCAGCGGCGCACGUCCACAGAAGGGGAAAUAACAUCCGAUGGGAUAUUCCAGCCACCCUUUGUGGACUUACUCUGGCACGUCAUUCUCACAGCACCUCACGGCACAAUUGAGAGGAUCACAGCGGAAUACCUGGCAAGCUUCUACUUGGAUCCGCAGGCUUUCAACCAGCACACCGAAGAAUUUCCUAAUAUUGUUCAAGAUACCCAUACUGCCCUCAUCGACCGUUGCAUAAACCAGAUGGUGACCGCAUAUUCUGCUUUGAAAAACUCCGAAAAGAUGAGUACGUCUGACGAGGUAAAGAUGGAAGACAAGGGCGAAAGAGAAAAUUCGAAGAUGACUGAGCUUCAAUUCCGGAGGACCCUGCUAUUCCUUACAGUAUUGCUUGGCUUGGUCAAGCAACGGCCUGACCUUCAGGUUACGUCGCCGCGCCUCAGGAGGCCCGAUGUCCCUGCAAGGGUGGGAGACACGGUUGGCGACAUGCAGCCAAUCAAAUUCCAAGCGAUCGGCCCCGACAUUGGGCGUAUGCAGACUGUUGAAGUGGGAGAUCUCCAAUCCUUGUCAUGGCUUGCGGAGCGCCUACGCGACUGGACCGGGUUCUGCGAAUUUCGAAUGAUUCAUGGCGGCGCCCCACUUGAUCUACAGGCACUGGGUGAUAGGACGAUACGCGAUUUAUCCCUUCACCAAAAGGGCGCCAUUCUAGUCAAGAACGUCGGUGAACUCGCCGCUGCCGCUCAUGGUCGAGGGAGCUCGAGUUUGAUUGAAAAAGAAAUCCUCAACAACUACGACACCAUCUUCGACUUCCUCGACGGCGGUGAUGACUCCAUGAGUGAGGCUGCAUACGAUUUCCUGAACCAGCUACCCCCACACGGAAAAGCUCUGGCCGUCACGUACGGAGGCCGACAGACAGAGUCCAUACCAGACAUUAUCAAGUCCUCUUUCUCCCCGGGAAAGUUAUUCAAAGCUCGAAUCUCUGUCUCCACCCUUCGCAAAGAUUUCGGGAACCAAUUGAGAUCGGGCCUUCCGUUGAAUGUGCAGUUAAUCAGUCAUUCCGUUCAGCUCCUCAAUGCUGUGAUCCAGAACGAGGGGCUCAUCGACGAUACUCUGUCCGGACCGCACAAUGAGUUCCUUGCCCAGGCCGUCCUGGAGACGUUUACAGAAUUGUUGAUGGAGAGGGUUGACGCCGAGGUGUCGGCAUCGUACUUUGACAAUGAAACACGUCUCACUGACCGUCUAAUCUCCUUCUUGCGAGCUUCUCUAAGCGCAUCGAACGUCCAACUCGCAUAUCAAUGCUACGUGGCCUUGCUAGAAGCGUUCAACCAUAGCUCUGGCGUUUGGAACAGAUUCAAGACUCAAGCAGGGCUUGACGACCUCCACUACACACUUUUGGUUUCGAAUGAUUGCGAAAAGCUCCGCAAGUCUGUGGCAACCAACAUUGAGAACGAGUACCAACAACUCUCUGGGGACUCUCCCGUUAGCAAAGACGAGUUCGUGUCUUUCUAUUGGAACAUCUUGACCGAUCUUCUCCCACGCGUCUCGGAGUACUCGAAAUCGUGCCAACAGCUCUUCGACGUGUCUGUCAAGAUGUUUCGCUGGUAUGAUGAACACCGGCGGGAUGAAGACGGCCUCAGAUCCUACAUUUCUGCGUGGAGCGAGCUCCUCCUUGCGCACGAGUAUGAGGCUUGCGUUGGCCGUCCUAAAGUCGACUUUGUCGUCUCGGGUUUUGCUCAACUCCUCGGUACGGCCGUCUCAUCGCUCAAAUCGUUCAAGAAGCCAUUGAACAUUGACGGCCUCGCUGCAAACAUCUUCACCAAAUUUCUCUUCCCGCGUGCGUCUGACGGGGCAGGCGAUCGACAGCUUGGUGCAAGCGAAGCCCUCCCUGUGCUCGAGACGAAAACAAGAGAUGGGCUGUAUGAGCUGAUAACGGCACUCUGCGAGGACACGGCCGUGUACAAACAGAUGGUGGGGUUCAUCCGUGAACUAUUGCAUGGCAACAACCACGCCGAAGACGUCAGCUAUGUGUUGUCGGGUUCGAGAGAUCUCCGUUCUGACUCGGGCUACGUUGGAUUGGAAAACCCACAAGCAUUGUGCUACAUGAACUCCAUGAUGACCCAGCUCUUCAUGGACAUUGAGUUCAGGAAGUUCGUUUUCGAGGCUGAGUGUGGUACCCAAGAUGGCUUGCUCAAUGCCAUGCAAGAACUUUUCGCCACCAUGCAAAGCAGCUACGCCAGAUCGGUCGAUAUGAAACCUUUCGCUCACUGCGUCCGCGGCAUCGACAAGAAGCCGAUAAAUGUCGCAAUCCAAAUGGACACCGAGGAAUUCUUCCGGUUGCUCAUGGACCAGCUCGAGAGCGAACUUCUCACCGCGGCGGACAAGCAGCGCCUACGAAAUUUCUACGGAGGCCGCUCUGUCAACCAGAUCAAGUCUAAAGACUGCCAGCAUGUCUCGGAAACCACCGAGACGCUCUUCAACUUGCCUCUGGAAGUCAAGGGCAAAGAGACCCUCGAAGACAGUCUGAAGGCUUAUGUCGAGGGCGAAAGCCUAGAAGGCGAGAACAAGUAUAAAUGCGAGCCUUGUGGCGGCCGUCUCGUCAACGCGGUCAAGCGCACCUGCCUCCAAAGCGUUCCCGACAAUCUCAUCGUCCACCUAAAACGGUUCGACUUCGAUCCGUUUACCAUGACCCGGAGUAAGAUCAACGACUACUUCCGCUUCCCAUCACGCAUCAACAUGAGCCCGUACAAAGUCGAGUAUCUCAGUGACCCGGACCAGCCAAUUGAGGAUGACUUCUUCGAGCUUGUGGGCAUCUUGGUCCACGCCGGAGGCGUUGAGCAGGGACACUAUUGGUCUUAUGUCCGCAUCCGUCCGGACAACCAAGGUCAUGUCAAGUGGAUCAAGUUCAACGACGAUACGGUCACCGAGCAGGACCUUGGCAAAGUCGAAAACGAGUGCUUCGGUGGAAACGGCAGGCAUACAUCCGCUUAUAUGCUCCUCUAUCAGCGCGCCUCGUCACUCGACAAGGAUGGCACCAGCGUCCUUCGUGCUCCCCAGUCGCUGAAUCCCAUCGCAGCGAUGCCCAAGGGUCUCGAGGAGCGGGUCAGGGCCGAGAACGAACGCCACAUCCGGGAGUAUUGCAUGCUCGACCAGGCCCACACGGGAUUCAUCCGUAAAAUGCUUGCGCAGAUGCGGACGAUCAACAAAGGAGUCUGUUCCGAUGGCCAUGGGCUGGAAAAGUGCGUCAUCAACAUGGGCUUGGAGCACAUGUAUGAAGUGAUCGGCCGCGGCCAGGACUUGGAAGAGUUGGUCAAGUUUCUCAGUGACUUGAAGAGGACGAUAUCUCCUUGCACCGAGUGCAUCAAACUGGCACUUGACUGGAUCAGCAAGCACGAGCAGGCCUUGCCUGAUUGGUUCAUCUACUCGUACCAGGCUGAUUCCACCAACCCAGUCGGCUACAACGUCGCUUGCUUCAUCAUCGAUGCGCUGAGGGAGCUUCGAGACCGCGACCCCUCAAGGUAUGGUGUUGAUGUCGCCGAGCCCGACCUGGAGCAAGCUCUCGAGGAAAACAAAGACGGGGCGUUGCCCAACAUACUCUCACGCAUGAUGAAAAUGGCCCCGGAUCUUGGCUACUGCCCUCGUGGGCUAGACUUGGUCCAGCACGUCUGGGACAUAUACUUCAAGUUCCUUUUUGCUGUGGCUGAGUACGGCAAACAUGAGGUUGCACUGCUGCUGCACCACGGGUUCCUUAUGUUGUGUCUGGAGAUCUACAGCAUCGAAUCCAUUCCGGAGGCAGACGAACGGCACCCGCGGAUCAAGAAGGCCAUCAUGAGAAAGGGCAGCACGCCGUCCUUUGUUGAAAUGACAAGCUUGGUGUCACACCUCUUGCAGCAUAUCGACCUGGAAACUGAUGUCGUUCCAAGCAGUGCGGAGCGCAUCCGACCAUUUUCUGAUUCCGAACAGCAAAAAUUCCCCUUCGCGCGGCCAGAGUAUACGCUGUUUUACAGGUGGGACAAGAAAAACAACUGCCUGACAGUCCUCAAUCGACUCCUUGAGACGUGGGACACGAAUUCGCAGCAGUUUGCUCCGGGAAAUGUCCUCUCAGCCAUGAUGGCAGUCGAACCGGAAGCAGGUCACCUCAAAGCCAUUCACAUCACAAUCCACGAAGGAGUCGAAUUGUUGAUGCCGCAGCUGGGUGCACCGUUCGUAACGGCAGCACUGUACUACUGCAAUGCAGCGCCCAGACCGAAGGAAGUGCAGUCGAUGGCUCGCGGCAUUGUGAGCUGCAUCUCCCCGGAGAAGCACUUGUUGGGAGACCCAUUCUGCCACUUCAUCUCCACGUUCGUCAACAUCCACAACGACUCGAUCAGCCCGAAUCUUCCGGAUUUCUUCUACGUUCAGAUGGUUGGGCUGGCACACAUAUGGGCACCCCGCCUGCUGUGCUUCGAGACGACGGCCGUACAGAACAGUGCUUUGGAUCUCACCAAGAGGAUCAUCACUGACCAUCUUCCUGGCCGACUGUGCGGCAGGAACGAAUGGGACACGAACGAUGCUUACGACGCACGCAUUGGCGCAGUACGGAAUCUGAUCCUCACUGGUUAUGAGCGUGCGAACAUGCUGGCCAGAGACGCCGACGUCCCCCGGAACAUUGUUAACUGCCUCUACUCAGUCAUAUUCGAAUGCAAUCGCUUCCUCAAGGCCCUCCGGAUAACCUGGCCCGACCGCUUCCCCCCCGUGGAGUUCGAUGAGCUUGAGCAGCGAUGUUGUGCAGUGGCGCAGAUUUACAGGGACUGGCCCGAAAGCGAUGAGUACGAUUCGGCUUUCUCGGGUGAAGAGGAACUGGAGUACACGGAUAACGACAUCGAGGCUGCUUGA